UUUUUUGUUGAUUCACAAGAGUUUUUACGCUCAUUAAAGAUAGACUCCCCCGCAUAUUCAGCUCUUGUUCUCAUAAAUUGAAAAAAUAGUUGUAGAAACCGAAAAUUCCUCAAUUAGAUUCUUACGUCCUGUGAAAUGUCGACUUACAUUGAAAUUCAAGAUCAUUUUACGUUUACUUGCCUCUAUGAUUGCAUCUGCCAUAUUCCGUCAUUUUGUCGCUUAAUGCAUCGUUCAAUUAGUUGGCCACUUUCGAAUGUAAGUAGUUCCACUUCUAUUUGAGAUGAAUCUUGAAAAUUCGUACAUGCGCACGAAAUAAAGAUGUUAAGCUCGUGUGGUGUUGGGGAUGCUCCUGCUAAGCGCUUCCAUGUUGGACAUCAACUGGAAUUGCGGUCACGGGGUCUCUCAGUUCCCGUAGUGGGCCUCGUUGGUGCACGCGGCUCUGCGCUGCAGCCACCCGCUCCAAUUACCAUACCACGAGUAGCUCCUGUAGUGCUUCGCACGAGUGCUGGAAGGACUACGGCUAAGAAUCCCGCCGAAUGUUUCCCGGUCAAGGGAUCGAGUAAGACUGCAGCAGCUAUUCCGUUUUGUACUGCGGGGACUACCACGGGACGGGACAACAACCACAACAUUAAUAAUUUUGAUGUAAUGCCGGUUGGGAAAGUAGGCAAUGCUGAUAAUAUCAAGGGUAGCGAUGCUACGGUGGAUGCGGCAUACCAGCAGUUGGUAGCAGAGAGUGAGGAAUUGCUAGGCCUACUGGCUCAUGCGGCUCGAGAGCACACCCACAGCUCUUUGGCCAUGCCUGGUGCCGGCAACUACGGCGCAGCAGGAGGUGUGCUCGCGCGUUCUCGGGCGGCCCGUGCGCGGCGACUGCGUCAAAGAAACGACCAAGAAGUACAACAAGGGAAUCAUGCCGAGCAGAGGGACAUCAAUGCACGGGAAAAUGCUUUUGAAGAGUCUGCGACUGCGAAAAAUAAGAGGGUCAAUAUAAUUUCUUCUCCUGUCCCAGCGAUGGGAGCAGAGGGGCUUUUCCCGCCAGAGAAGCUGCACGAGCUGCUGCAGCACUUGAGUGAGCAGGUGCUCGCGCAAGGUGCGAACCAUGUGCAAGCCGACGCCAGAAGUUUCUUGUCGAUUUUGAACGAAGGCGUGCACAGACUGGGUCGCAAGGUCGAGUCAGAACGUGAAGAAUUAGAGCGGGAGUUGGCGCGCCUUUCCCCGAGCGAGGUCGAAAAGCUAAAAGAACAACCUCUUGGACUACUUGGAGAGGCUUCUGGUGCAACUCCGAAUGAGGGGACCUCUACAACUACUAGGGUCGCUUUUCUCCAAGAUGAGCGACCCCAAGAAUUUUUCGAGGCAUUGCUGUUUUUGGAGGACUACCAGAGAAAACACAGCGACAGGACUCUCCCCUCCUUUGGGUUCGCCCUGCAGUCGGUGAAGGCCGCACGGCAAGGCGAGGAAGGUCAACAGGAUAUGGAAGGUGAGAAAAGAGGACGAGGGCGUGGUGAUAAGAUUCGAAGCGCCUUUGAGGAGGGACAAGCGGCUGCCUCCCCUUCAAGCGUAUCGAAGGAGGAAAAAGGCAGUGCUCUUCAGAUGAGCAUGUCCUCUAGUAUGAAAAAGAAGAAAGCAGGGCUGCAAACGGUAACGGGUGGAGCGUCUGCCACACGCGGUGUGCAGCACUUGCAAACAGAUGAUGCAUCGAAAAAAAUUCUCGCGCAAGGAAAAAUCUUGAAUAAGGAUUUUCGUCGCGAAGUAGCGGACCGCGUGAUUGGACGUCUCUCGUCUCCUUCUGCGGGCCAGAAAAUAGCUCCUGUAAGAGAAAGUCCAGCUGCGGGAGUGUCUCCACUGAGUGAAGAGACCAUAGUGCAGUAUCAGGAUGAUGGAGCGACUGAGGCGGAUGGUCCUCCAGCGGCUUUGUCGUCCGCGGGACAACAGCUUCCGCAAAAUAAAAAUGACGAAAGCUUCAGCACGGACCGUGCCAGUAUUGACCGAGCAGGGUCGUUGCGGAAUAAACUGCAAAUAAAAAGCGGCGAGAUGAAGAAGAAUGGUGACCCUGAUCCGGAACCGGUGAAGCAGGUUCAGAUGAAAGAGGCUCAUGUGUCUUCUGGAGUGCUCUAUGGACAUACCAGUUUCGCACCAGGUGCGCGUACCCAGUCGCCCCAGAGGGUCCAGGACGUUGUCAAGGAGCGACGCAGCCGCAGACAGAGCCAGAAGAGGCAAUCGAAGGGUGUUUCCUCGUGUGAACCUGCAAAUCCAGUGCUCGAUAUCGACAUGCUGUCCAGGCUGGACCGGGAGGCUGCCCUAGGCACCUCUGCCCUCGGCACCUCUGCUCUAGGCACCUCUGCCCUCGGCACUGCUUCGUUAGAGCCGUCGCGAUCUCAUCUGCUCGCUGAGGCUGCUGUAGAAGACGAUGAGGUAAAGGAGUUGGGCACGACUGAACGAGCAGAAGCGCGGUCGGUGCAUAUGGAGGAAAAGCUGCCGCCACAAGCUGCUGACAUGGAGAUCGAGCACGAAAUCGAGGAACCAACUGCGCGACAGCUGGCCCAAAUGGAGUUUUUAAGGCAGCAGCACGAGCAUCUCCGCGACGACCACGUGGCACUGGACAAGAAGGCGGUGCGGAGCAGCAGUCUCGGUUCUAAUACGAAUUUGGCGCACGCGUCCGACGUCCGCGAUGCCAUGCGAAAGUCGGCUAAUAUUAAGGCUCAAAGUAUCAAUUCAUUUCCAGCUGUCAUUUUUUCUGUUUCGCUCUUGGGCUUCUGAAGAAAUGAACCCAAGAAAUGAAUUGUUUUGAGCUCUAAUAAUAUCUUCUUUCCAUUGGACGACCUGCACGCAGAUAUCGAUCGCAAGGUGAGGCAGAUGCGGGACUGCGACAUCGAGCAUCCGACGCCCAUGCAGCUGUCAGCGAUGGGGCGCUUGCGCGUCAGUCACGACAACUUGUUGCAAAGCGGCACUUCUACCGGGUUAGGGCUCUUCACCUCUGCUUCAUCCUCACCCACAACGUCUAGAAACGGCGAUCAACGCUCACCAGGAAUAGAAGAAGUGCAGGAGCUGAGGGGGUCGGGUAUGGAGCGACCUCCGGCGCCAGCUCCAAGAGUGUCUACGGCCGUGGACGGGGUGCGCGGUCGUCGCUCGGUGGCGCGGCGAGAAGGCAGCGCAAUGUCUUCCGAGACCACGAACCAAGGUGGUGGUAAUACUACAAUUAUAUCUUCUGUGCAGGGUUUUGCAAUCGAAGAACCCACGAAGGGCGAGAUGGAGCAGAUGAAUCAGCUGAGUGCUGAGUAUUCACAAUUUUUAGACACGAAGACGAAGCAGCCGUGAAAAGCAGGAGACGUAGUUAUGAUACAGCAGGUAUACUUGCUCAUUUAUAAGUAGUCUUAGUCACAACUACAUAGUACAUCUGUAGUGUUUUUUUUGAACUUGAAGUAGACAAGAUCAAGAUCAACAAGAAAACUCGCACACGGGUACUAGGGACGAAGGGCCUCUCUUGAGUAUUUUGCUUAUAAUGACAAGACUAAGAAAGAUGUAGAUAGUGAUCUCAUAAUAUCUUCGAGGAUCUGUGAGACAUGUUCUGUAGAGCGAUCCUUGGAGAUUUUUUCAAAAUUUCGUUUUGCUUGGAUGAUGUUUGUGUGAGGUUGGACUUAGGCGCAGUACUUGUGUGGACUCGGAGAGUUACCACAUGACAUCAUGAGACGAACAAAUGCUGUAGUUGCAGAUUGUGCAGCACUAACUUCUAUGAGUUAGUACAACGAACGGAAGAUCGAAAAUUGAACUUGAGACCUGCAGCGGUCAGUAGUUGGACGCGCGACAAUUUCUCCUGAAAUGAAAUUGGAAAUCGACCUUGCACCUCUGCGUAAACAAGAGAGUAACUUUCCCGCUCAGCUUGCUUCAUCAUGCUGCGAAAACAGAAGCUGUAU